AUGGAAGACGGUCCUGUUUUCUAUGGCUUUAAAAACAUUUUUAUUACAAUGUUUGCUACUUUUUUUUUCUUCAAGCUUUUAAUUAAAGUUUUUUUGGCUCUCCUAACCCAUUUCUAUAUCGUCAAAGGAAAUAGAAAAGAAGCGGCUAGGAUAGCAGAAGAGAUCUAUGGUGGAGUUUCAGAUUGCUGGGCCGAUCGAUCCCCACUUCACGAAGCCGCGGCACAGGGGCGCUUACUGGCCCUUAAAACUUUAAUUGCACAAGGUGUCAAUGUGAACCUCGUGACAAUUAACCGAGUCUCUUCUCUCCACGAAGCGUGCCUUGGAGGUCACGUGGCCUGUGCUAAAGCCUUAUUGGAAAAUGGCGCCCACGUCAAUGGAGUGACAGUCCAUGGAGCCACGCCCCUCUUCAAUGCUUGCUGCAGUGGCAGUGCUGCAUGUGUCAACGUGCUGCUGGAGUUUGGAGCCAAGGCCCAGCUCGAGGCGCACCUGGCUUCACCCAUCCAUGAGGCAGUGAAGAGAGGUCAUAGAGAGUGCAUGGAGAUUCUGCUUGCAAAUAACGUUAACAUUGACCAAGAAGUGCCUCACCUUGGAACUCCCCUGUAUGUGGCCUGCACCUACCAGAGGGUAGACUGUGUGAAGAAACUUCUAGAACUAGGAGCCAGUGUUGACCAUGGCCAAUGGCUGGACACCCCCCUCCAUGCCGCUGCGAGGCAGUCCAGCGUGGAAGUCAUCCACCUGCUGAUGGACUAUGGGGCUAACCUGAAGUGCAGAAACGCUCAGGGCAAAAAUGCACUUGAUCUGGUGGCUCCGAAAAGCAGUGUGGAGCAGGCGCUCCUGCUCCGUGAAGGCCCGUCUGCUCUUUCCCAGCUCUGCCGCCUGUGUGUCCGGAAGUGCUUGGGUCGAGCAUGUCAUCAAACCAUCCACAAACUACAUCUGCCGGAGCCACUAGAAAGAUUCCUCCUAUACCAGUAG